UACUCUCUUUUUUUUUGGUUUGGCAUUCAGUUAUUUAUAGAAAUUCAGAGAGCAAAGCAUCGCCAUGAAACCUAUAAAAACUUCCUGGGCAGAUGAGGUAGAGGCCGACUAUGUGGAUGGAUUGCCGCCAGCCAAGGAGUAUAUCGAAGGUGAAUAUAAAUACGUAACCGAGUACAAAUACAACGAGGAUGGCAAGAAGAUAAAGGUGGUCCGCACUUUUAAGAUAAAAAAACAAGUAGUAUCAAAGGCGGUGGCCAAGCGUCGUAACUGGGUGAAGUUUGGAGAAUCCAGUUCCGAUAAACCGGGUCCGAAUUCACAGACCACCAUGGCGGCCGAGGAGAUCUUUAUGCUUUUCAUGGGCUCCAAGGAGUUCGAGCAGACCAACGAAUUGCAAAUCGAUCCUGGCAAGAAUAUAGCCAAGUGCAGAAUUUGCAAUGGCGAACAUUGGUCCGUGAACUGCCCUUAUAAGGGCACAGCAAUGGAUAGCAAAACGAUGAUGGAGAAUAAGGCAACUGCCGCUGCAGCAGCUGUCGGUGAUCCCAAGUCUGGAAAGUAUGUGCCACCCUUUCUGAAGGAAGGAGGCGCCAGUGGCAAGCCAUGGGCUCGUGAACGUGACGAUUCCUCGGCAGUUCGCAUCUCAAAUCUCUCGGAAUCCAUGACGGAGGUAGAUCUGGAAGAGCUGGUAAAGAAAAUUGGACCACACACCAAAAUGUAUUUGGCACGCGAAAAGAACACCGGUCUUUGCAAGGGAUUCGCCUAUGUGCACUUCAAGUUCCGUCAGGAUGCAGCUGCUGCCAUCGAGAUACUCAAUGGUCAUGGUUAUGAUCAUUUAAUACUUUGCGUGGAGUGGUCCAAGCCGCAGAAUCAAUAAAAUAAGAAUGAAUAAACAUAUGAGGGCUUUUUUCCUCUUUGAAUUGACUACUUUAA